AUGGCACAGCCAAGCACCCCUCCGCAAACCCUUGCAACGUGGUCCACGUUUGCAAAGCUAUCGUACGCAAGCAGGAAGCCUCCUGUCACUGGAACAUUCUCUGUGGACAGGCUCGAAGAGGCUGCACGGAGUAAGCUUCAGGAUUCAACAGAUGCGUUCAUGUACAUAUUCGGCAGUGCAGGGACGGGGUCCACCGCAGAGGCCAAUAGGGCGGCAUUCAGGAAGUGGACCAUCAUACCCCGCGUGCUGCGGGAUAUCUCACAACGCAACAUCGAGACAACGUUGUUUGGUCAUACGUACCCAUCGCCGCUUCUGCUAGCCCCUAUAGGAGCUCAGGGCAUCGUCCAUCCAGAGGGUGAGCUAGCAACAGCUGCGGCUGCGGGCGCCCUUGGUGUUCCAUACAUCAUGAGCUCUGCAUCGACGCGCUCAAUAGAAGCCAUAGCUAAGGCUAACGGUGGGGGCCCGCGAUGGCUGCAACUUUACUGGGCCAAGAAUGAUGAGCUCGUUCUGUCUCUGCUCUCCCGUGCGAAGGCGUCCGGCUUCACCGCUCUCGUGGUAACCGUGGACACCCCUUUUAUCGGUUGGCGUCCAUUCGACCUCGAUACGGCUUAUCUCCCCUUUGCGCAUGGCGUCGGUGCGCAAGUUGGACUGACGGAUCCCGUUUUCAUGGCAUCCGCUGGAUUGGAGCCGUUUCCGGAGGACGAACAUCCAGACUACCCCUAUGUUGCGGCACAUCAGGAUGAAUUGAUCAAGAACAACGAUACAAAAGCUACGGUGCAGACACGGGCAGGCCAGAGGUUCGUUGGAGAGAUGCUCGAUCCCACGAAAGUCUGGGAUGAUCUUGCGCGGCUAAAGGAACAUUGGGACGGCCCAUUGAUAUUGAAGGGCAUUCUUUCCACGAUGGACGCGGAGUUGGCGCUGAAGCACGGUGUCGAUGGAAUCAUAAUCUCCAAUCACGGUGGCCGACAGAUUGAUGGCUCCAUCUCGUCCCUCGACGCAUUGCACAGCAUCAUGAAGAGCAGGAACAUAAAGGAGGCACAGGCCCGCGGAGACUUCACAGUCCUCAUGGACUCCGGUAUUCGUACCGGUAGCGACAUGCUUAAGGCGCUCGCACUCGGUGCCCAAGGUGUCUGUUACGGGCGCCCUUACAUGUAUGCUCUGGCAUUGGCUGGCAGAGCGGGAGUCGAUAGCCAGAUCAGGGCGAUGCUGGCUGACUUUGAGAUUACGCUCGGCCUGGCGGGGAUCAGUACCAUCGACCAGUUGCGCUUGUACGCUGACGAUCUUGUUCACAGGGAUUGA